CCGGCACUCCACAGGGCGCAGCCUCCGCUAUCGCCUCAGGUGGACAAGUGAAAAGUAGCGAGGGUUUGAAAAGUAGCGCAACUUCCUCAGGAGACAAUUGAAACAUAGCGAGGGUUUGAAAAGUAGCGCAGCCUUCUCAGGAGACAAUUACGCUUUCUCUCUCUCUACUCGAUCGCUCCCGCUUUCUCUCUCUCUACUCGAUCGCUCCAUUGUAUUGGAUCAAUGGACAAGGCAUCUACUUCUUCAGAAUGUGAUGACGAAACAAGCAUGCAGCAGCUUUUGCCAUCCAUUAAGGAUCCAAAGUUGUGGUUGGUUAAGUGUAAGAAUGGUUGCGAGCGAAAGCUUGCUGUUUGUAUGAUGCGUAAGUUCCUUUCCAAAGGAGCAGAAAUGAAGAUUUGUUCAGUGACAGCUCUUGAUCAUCUUCAAAAUUAUAUAUACAUUGAAGCUGACAAAUUAGCUGAUGUGGAGGAGGCAUGUAGGGGCAUAUCAGAAAUAUAUCCAAAACAUAUAAAACCUGUUCCAAUUGAAGAGAUGGCAGAAACCAUUUCUGUGAAAGUUAAGGCUGGUUUUUCCCAGGAUGCUUGGGUCAGAAUGAAGAGCGGGAUAUACAAGGGGACCUUGCAAAAGUUGUGGAUGUGGAUAAUGAACGCCAAAGUGUUACAGUGAAACUAAUUCCAAGGAUAGAUUUACAGGUUGUGGCAAGCAAAGUGAAAUGUGGACCAGGUCAAAAGAAGAAGGCAGUUCUUCCUCCUUCAUGUCUUCUAAAUGUUGACGAAGCUAGAGAAAUGCAUAUCCGUGUGGAGCGCAAGCAAGAUCCAAUAACUGGCGACUGUUUUGAACAUAUAAAGGGCAUGAUGUUCAAGGACGGUUUCUUAUACAAAACUGUGGCUACUAAUUCAAUUAGCAGUCAGAACAUUCGAC